UCCGGAUCGUCCGAGUUCACUUCGCAUCAUCCAGCCGCUUGCCUGCGCGCCGGUCCCGUCCGUCAGGCGGCGCACACCCUCGACAUGGCUCGUCGUGAACAAUCCGGCCCAGGACACAGCCCGUUGGCACCAUCCACGCUGGAACGGUCGACCUGCAGGCAACCGAUAUUCGGACCACGUCCCAUCACGAGAGUCGGACCGGAACGGUCAAUGUCUCUCAUGCAUACCGGUUGCCUCAGUCGAGACUUUGAAGGCAGGGCCGUCGGCAGCAGCGGGAUUAACAACAGAGCCAGAGGUCGAUUUUGCGGUGGCGCUGGUGAUGAGGGAAGAGAUAGAGGACGGAUUAGUCCAAGCUGGACAUGGGAAUGCACCGGCGGCCAGGCUCCGCCGCCGACACCGGCCGAAAGGGUCGACGAUCCGAUGGAGGAGUUCGUCGCGUGCGAGAGUGUAGCUUUGUCUGGCGUACAGUUGCUUCCGUCAGCCGGCGAGUCAGGCAAAAUCAUACUGUCGCAUUCACUGAGCUGGUAA